AUGGAUAUUGUCAAUAAAUUAAUAAAUCUAUUACCACAAUAUGAAGAAAUUAAAGAAUUAAUCAAAUUAAAUCCCGAAGCACAAUUUAUUUUAAAGAAAACAAUCGAAACCUUAAAGGAAAAACUAAAUCAAAACUCGAACGCAGAUGACACUGAGGAAUGUUAUUUCCUUGUACAAGCAUUGGUCGACAAAUGUUGGGAGGAAAUACAUACGGGACAUUUCAGUGAAGUGUCAUUGGAUGUGAGAAAAACCUAUGCUUUGGGAUGUUUUUGUAAAAUUAUAUUUCUUUUAUUAGAAUCCACGGAAAGGUUACAAAUUGAGAAAUGUAAUGAAAUUCUAGAUGAUGCCAUACUUCUGGGUUGUACGCAAAAUCUAUUCGUGAAUAAUAAGGAAUUUGUGGAUAACCUAACAGAUUUUUUUGACAAUGAGUUAGAUCCCACUGAUGACUUACAAUUACCCAUAAUCGAAACGACAGUUCGACGUUCUGUGGACUGUGAUAUUCUACAAUUAGAUUGUCCAUCACUUGAGGAAUUCAAUAGAAAAUGUUUUACAACACAAAAACCUGCUUUAUUACUCAACACUAUCAUGCUCUGGCCGGCAUUGACGAAAUGGCGUAACUUGAAUUAUAUUUUAAAACUAGCAGGCAAUCGUACCGUUCCCAUUGAAAUUGGUUCUAAUUAUGCCACAGAUGAAUGGUCACAACAGUUAAUGAAAAUCAAAGAUUUUUUAAAAAGGCAGUUUUCUACAACAGACUUGCCAAAUGAUUAUCAGAAAAUUGAAUAUCUAGCCCAACAUGAACUUUUCGAGCAAAUACCACAAUUAAAACAGGAUUUUACAAUACCAGACUAUUGUCAAUUGGGCGAACACAACGAAGCGAUAGACAUUAAAGCUUGGUUGGGACCCAAGGGUACAAUUAGUCCAAUGCAUUAUGAUCCCAAACAUAAUAUAUUGUGUCAAGUGUUUGGUACAAAAAAACUUAUAUUAGCAUCGCCUACAGAUACGGAAAAUCUGUAUCCACAUGAGGGUGAAUUUCUAUCGAAUACAUCGCAAAUCAAUGCAGCCCUUCCCGAUUUGGAAAAAUAUCCUCGCUUGGCCAAGGUGAAAUUUUAUAAUUUAACAUUACAGCCGGGUGAUUGUGUGUAUAUGCCACCUAAAUGGUGGCAUUAUGUUGAAUCUGAAAGUCCAAGUUUUUCUGUGAGUUUUUGGUGGCAAUAA